AAGAGCGACGAUUAGAGAAGUUAUGGCUUGAGAGGGAACGAUACAAUCACACAGCCAAAAGACUUCAGAGGCAGCUUCUUUGCCGAAACCAAGGUCAAAGUUCAAUUUCCAACUCCUGACAAUGGAUCCAAAAAAUUCAAGUGAGGGUUCUCAAAAACACAACGAUGAAUCAGUUGAUGUUUGGGCCUUGCCUGAAUUCAAAGAUACGAGUGCCAAGUGGUCGGAGUUGGACGGCCUUGGCAAGGUGAAGCGCGUCGUUAUUGUCGUACUGAAGGUGUCUCUGCUGUUAGCUUUGCUGUACAUGUUCAUUUGCUCCUUGAGUUUUCUGAGCUCAGCCUUCCGUCUUUUGGGUGGCAAAGCAGCUGGAAGGGCCUUUUCAGAAAAUGAAAUCCUCAGCAACCCAGUCGCGGGACUCAUGAUCGGGGUAUUGGUAACUGUGCUGGUACAAAGCUCCUCCACAUCAACAUCUAUUGUUGUUGCUAUGGUAGCUGGAGAUGUUCUCAAAGUAGAGAAUGCAAUAUACAUCAUAAUGGGCGCCAAUAUUGGAACAACUGUUACGAAUACCUUGGUGUCCAUUGGCCAGUCUAUAGACAGGGAUCAAUUUCGUCGUGCUUUCGCUGCCGCCACAGUUCAUGACAUGUUCAACUUCUUGACUGUUCUUAUUUUCCUGCCCCUUGAGGCAAUAACUGGUUAUUUGUUCCGCCUGAGUGACAGAAUUGUCGAAUCUUUGAACCUCAAAACACAGGAGAGUCUGAAGCAGGACUACCUUAAGAAGAUCACCAAGCCAUUCACAGAUAAGGUCAUCAAGCUUGACAAAAAAUUGAUUGAGAAGAUUGCAAAAGCACAAACCGAAAAAGAGCGCAUGCAAUAUGAGCAGAAAAGUAUGAUUCAGCAAUUCUGCGCAGAAAGUCAGCACAAUGUGACGCAUCUUGCAAAUGUAUCAGUUGGGAGCUCUUAUAAAAUGGUAAAUACAACAAAAUUGGUCAAGGUGAAAGAUGUCCCUUGUGACUUUUUAUUUCAUGGCACCUCACUUUCAGACAACGCCGUUGGAACAAUACUUCUCGUCCUUUCGAUUUUCGUGCUAUGUGUCUGCCUCGUUUCUAUCGUAAAGCUCUUGCAUUCCAUGUUCAGAGGACGCCUCGCUGUGAUGACAAGGAAAGUUGUCAACACUGAUUUCCCAAAACCAUUUGGAUUCCUCACUGGUUACCUUGCCAUAGUUUUCGGAGCUGUGUUGACAUUUUUCGUCCAAUCAAGCUCCAUCUUCACCUCAGCACUGACUCCAUUGGUUGGAGUUGGAGUUGUGAGUGUGGAUCGUAUGUAUCCGUUGACACUAGGUUCCAAUAUCGGGACAACAACAACAGCAUUGCUGGCCUCCUUCGCAGCAGACUCAAGCAAGAUCAGAUACACAUUGCAGAUUGCUCUUUGUCACCUUUUCUUCAACAUAUCUGGCAUUCUCGUGUGGUACCCAGUUCCUUUUAUGAGAAAAGUGCCCAUGAACAUGGCAAAGUGUCUUGGUAACACCACGGCUAGAUUUCGUUGGUUUGCAAUCGUGUACAUCUUCAUUGUCUUCUUCGUGAUUCCAGGAAUGGUGUUCGGCCUUUCUUUAGCUGGCACAGCCGUCUUCUUGGGAAUAGGCAUUCCAGUCUUGCUGUUGAUAGUUGCCAUCAUUAUAAUCAACAUUCUUCAAAGCAAGAAACCACGAGUGUUGCCUCAACGUUUAAAAACAUGGGACUGGGCACCAAAGUGGUCCAGAUCACUAGAACCAUACGACAAAGCCAUCAGCAAGGUAUCAGAGCUGAUUAAGGUAAAGAAGUCUCAAAAAAGUACAACUUCAUACGACGUGAACUCUCAUAAAAACGCAGGAUUUGAAUUAGAUGACGUAAAGGUAGAUAAACCUCAAAAUAGUAUUUAAAUAGUUAUACAAUAGAAUAGCAUUUUCAGCUUUAAACAAUGCCUCCAUUCAUCAAUUUCCCUUAGAACUACAGUGUGAUAUUCUUAUUCCUCCUCAAUUUUACAGUAGCAAUCUUUCACAUAUCCUGGAUCACCCCUAACUCUGCAGUUCAAAUUCAUAUGACACCGCAGAUUUUUUCAUAUUUUAUUAUUUGUGCACAGCAUCAUUUAACAAUUUAAGUUUAACAGUCCAAGAAAACAAUAUAGCGCAUAUUCUUAACGCUUGUCAAGGUUUCUGUUUCAAAGAACUUGGCAGCUUUUUUCUUUAUUUUCAGCACCGAGCAUAAAAAAAAUCAUCACCAUCAGGCAUGUUUUUUACAAAAGUCAGUUACCAAAUCUAAAUCACGCAAUAGAAAACCCGGUUAAAAUUUAAAAUGCUAUAAAUAUCUUUCUUAGAAACCCUUUCGCUGAUUUUUAGAGAGCUUUUUAAUAUCCACAUUUCUCUGCAAUGCAUAUAAAUAUUCUUUUAACCUGUAUUUCUGUAUUACCCUUUGUUGGGAACCUCAUUUUAGCGAAACACAUACCGAAUUACUUUAACCAAUUUUGAUUGGCUAUUACUGCUGGUAGUAGCCAUUCAAGAAAUAUCAAUUUAAAAAGUUUUUCAAGUCCUGUAAAUAGACAUACCUGUUUUUUUAAGAAAAAUUAGACUUUCGAAAUUCAAAAAAAAUGUAACA